AUGGUCAAUUGGAAUGCUUUAUCACGUCUUUUACAAAGAGCAGGCCCAAGCCCCAAAAAAUUACUUUUCUGCCGUGCAAUUCCUAAAGGGCAGAUUUCACGAAAUCCGGCUUCUAAAUGGUUUUUGUCGAGUAGAGAAUAUAAAAGAAACAAGCCUAGAGGGCUCGGAUUAUAUUGCCAAGGUAUGGCUAUUGUGCUUACUCGUGAUCUACUACGCUCAGCUUUAUCAAAUACAAAGAUUAUGGAUGAUUGGUAUUUGACACAUGCAUUAUUAUUUAAUACAAACGUUACUUUUGUUGAUAUUGCCCCACAAAUACAAAGUAUAGACGAGGAAACAAAGUUUAAUAUAAAAGAUGUUGGCCUCUCAUUAAAUGUUUAUUAUACCCCUAUAUUUGCGCAUUUUAGGUAA